AUGGAAGAAAGUGAUGAACUUGAUCAGCCUAUCUCAGCAGGGAGGCAGGAAGUUCGAAAGAGAAGACGGCCCAGCCAACCAAUGAUAGACAAAUCCCAGCAGACUGAAGUGACAGAAAAAAAGACACACACGGUUAUCCCACAAACAUCUGGCCCCAAAGCUACUCUCAGUAUUGGUAAUAUUCCUGGAAGCAAAGGAAGUUACUCUGCCAAAGAAUAUGAAUCUUUUAGAGUAUCUUCUCAACUUCAGCAAACUUGGAUGAAGAGAAAGCGUGGACAGGAUAUGAACGACAAAUCUCUGCAGACAGACACUGUUGUAGAAGAAAACGAAGGGAAGUUCGUUGGUGAAACACUGUCAUCUGAAGAAAAGCCAACUGGUGUUGGAGAAGCAGCCCGUGAAUUGCAAGAGAGAGUUCAGGAAGUAGAAAUGCCACCAAGUAGACAAUUAAUAGACAGAUCUCAGCAGACUAGUUGUACUGGAGACUGGAUGAUGAUGUACAUUCCCCCCAAAGAAAAAAUGGACAAGGAACAGCAGACAUACUUCAGUGAAUCGGAACUAUUUUUUUCCAGGCCAAGUAGUUCUUUUACAAAGUCAAAAGAAGGUGCUCAGAAACGUAAAUCCUCAGGAAAGAUUUUUGUUAGUGAAUAUCCUGAAUUUCAACCAGCAACAAGUAGCCAUGAAGAAAUUAGGCAGAAAAGUAAUCAGGAAGAUACUCCAGUACUUUUAGAAGAUGGUUCCAGGCAAGAGGUACCUGUUGUAGAAGAUGGUGCUGCCAGAAAAAGGGCUUCUGUUGAAAUACAGCCCCUAUCAACAGAAAAAGUCCUUGCUGAAAUUCAACCUCUGCCAUCUAAAGAGACCACAGAGAAAGCAAAGGCCAGCCUUGCUGAGGAGACCACUGUCCAAGUACAGCCUCCAGCUGAAGAGACCCCUGCAGCUGAGGGAGCCACUGCAACUGCUGAGGCCUCUGUUGAAGAACAGCUUUCACCCGCUGAAGAGCCUUCUUCAGUUGAGUUUUCUAUUGACAGUCAUCCCCUGCCAGCAGAAGAGGCUGUUUCAGAAGAGCCUCCUGUAGUAGAAGUGGUUCCUCCAGAAGAACUUUCUGCAGAAAUUCUGUUCCCAUUAGAGGAAGCAGUGGUCAUUGAAGUACAGGCUCCAUCAGUUGAGAAUGUCAUGGACGAAGCCCCAGAUGAAAUACAGCCUACCAUUGCUGACGAGACCUCUGCUGACAUUCAGCCUUCAGCAGUUGAAGUUUCCAUAGAAGAGGUCUCAGCUGAAGAUCAAUCUCCAUUAUUUGAGAAGGUUCCUAUAGAAGAGGCACCUGCAGAAGUCCAGCCUCCAGUAUCUGAAGUUCCUGUAGAAGAGGCACCUGCUGAAGGUCAGUCACCACCAGCUGAGGAGCCUCCUACAGAAGAGGCCCCUUCUGAAAUUCAAUCUCCACCGGCUGAGGAGCCUCCUACAGAAGAGGCCCCUGCUGAAGGUCAGUCUCCAUCAUCUGAUGAGCCACCUGCAGAGACCUCUGAUGGAGCUCAGCCCCCACUCGUUGAGGCUCCUGAAGAAGAAGCCCCUGUGGAGAAACACCCUUCACCAAUUGAUGUAGUUCUUAUUGAAGAGAUUCCUAUGGAAGAGAUGCCUGCUGAAGUUCUGCCUCCACCCUCAGGACAAACCCCUGCAGAAGAGGCUCCAAUAGAUGUUGAAUCUGCUAAGAUACAAUCUCCCCAGGUAGCUGGUGCCUCGGGGAAAAAAGUAGGGUCAGUUGUUUUGACAGGUGAUUUAAAAUUUGAAGGGACAGUUCCUGUUCCUGAAGAUAUGUCUAACGCUGAGGACAGGCAAGACCCCACUAUUGAAAUAGAAGGUAUCAUUCAAAUACAAGUAAAGGACACCUCCUCUGGAGCUGCAGUCAGCUAG